CUUCUCAUUCUCAAAAUGAUCGAUCAUCUACUUCUUCUUCAAAAAUCAUCGGAAAUCCAAAAAUGGGUGCCACUUCCUCUGUCUAUGACAAUUCAUCAGUUCAUGAUUUCACAGUAAAGGAUAGCAGUGGAAAGGACGUGGAUCUUAGCAUCUACGAUGGGAAAGUUCUGCUUAUCGUCAAUGUUGCUUCAAAAUGCGCAUUAACCAAUUCGAAUUACACCCAACUUACCGAGCUUUACAGGAAAUACAAGGAUAAAGGUUUUGUGAUAUUGGCAUUCCCUUGCAAUCAGUUCUUGAAGCAAGAACCAGGGCCGAUAGAAGCGACAGUCCAGUUUGUCUGUGAGAGGUUCAGUGCUGAAUACCCAAUUUUUGGAAAAGUAAAAGUGAAUGGCACUGAAGCAGCACCAUUAUUCAAGUAUUUGAAAGCAAAUGGAGGUGGUGGAUAUAUGGGCACAACCAUCAAAUGGAACUUCACGAAGUUUCUAAUUAGUAAGAAAGGCAAAGUAAUACGUCGAGUUGGCCCAAGGACCGAACCAUCCAGCCUUGAGGAUGACAUCCAGAAAGCAUUAGAAGAGAACCCCAAUGAAAACUCAGUGUGAUAUGAGUUUUCACCCCGUUGUCAUCUUAGAAAUUAGACCAUGUGUCAUUCUUCUUUUAAAUUUGUCAUAUCAGCUUUUGUAAUUAUCUCUAUGGCAAUGCAAUAUCAACCCUCCUUCAAAAGGGAUCUCCACUACCGUAUCAACAAUUGUUUUAUAUUUUUAUUUGGCAAAUAUCUUUAAUCAUUUAAAAUUAGUAAUUAUUUAAUAAUAAAUUUAAUGCAUUUAUAUCUUUUUUAAAAUGUAAAUUGUCAUAGAAAAGUUUCUUAAAGAUUGUUAUACAACUAAUCACCUACCAAUGAAGUCCAGCCCAGUUGGGAAAGUAAGAGGUGUUGGGUUUAUAACCAUUGAGGGACAAGGUGGAGAGUUCGACUCCCGUUGGUGGCAACUCAUGGGGAAUUUUCCUUUGGAAUCCCAUUAAAAAGGGUGAGGGUUUGCCCUGUAAAGGAGCUCGAACCCGGGCUUCCGCUGUAAAAGGUGGAAGGGCUUCCGCUUGGUAUUUGCCGUUUCAAAAAAAAAAAAAAAAAA